AUGUGAGUGCUGCGCGCGAUCCGAUGCUCUGGACUUUCCUCGGACCCAUCGCGCGUGCCAGCGAGGCCAAUCCACAUCAUGAGCACAUCAAGUCCCCACUCGCCCUAGUGUGACGACUGACGGGCGAUGGCCGUAAAGAUGGUGCAUAAAUCGAAACCCGCCUCCUCUGCAUCCCUAUUACAAGCUUACCAGAUUCGACACUCACCAUGACGGUAACUCAGAUCAAGCAAUGGAGGACCGCUUUCGAUGGCCUCGACAAGCUGAGGCAGACGACCGCCGAGAUGCCCCAGCCAAGUGACGGAGAAGUUCUUGUCAAGAUACUGACUGUCUCCUUGAACUACCGCGACACUGAAGUCUGUAUGGGCCUGUACAAUCACCACAAAUCUGUGGACAGCCCGGAAGAUCUCGUCCCAUGCUCAGAUGCUUGCGGCAUCAUCGUUAAUCCUGGCUCAUCAGAUUGGAAAGAGGGCCAGCGCGUCAUGUCAAUCUUCAACCAGACCCAUCUCACUGGACAAGUCAAGCAAAAGGACAUGGCAAGUGGACUUGGGCUUCCGCUCCCAGGCGUUCUGUCGGAGUACAGAUGCUUUGAUGCGAGUGCCUUGGUGGCUGUCCCAGACUACCUUUCGAAUGAAGAAGCCGCAACUCUUCCAAUAGCCGCUGUAACUGCUUGGAUGUCGAUCAACCAGUUCAGACCUCUGAACAGUCCGGCGGAUGGUAAUGUGGACGAAACAGUUGUGUUUCAAGGCACUGGAGGAGUAGCGAUCUCUGGUUUGCAAAUCGCACACGCAGCUGGUUUGAAGACGAUUAUCACUUCCUCGUCUGACCAAAAGCUGGAAAAGGCGAAGAAGUUGGGGGCCGAUCACGGCAUCAACUACAAGGCCAACUCCGAAUGGCAAGAAGAGGUCAUGAAUAUCACAGAAGGCGAGGGCGCUGAUAUUAUACUCGAGACUGGUGGGGCUCAAACGUUGCGCAAGAGCUUCGAUUGCGCAAGCUUCGGAGGUCUCAUUUCCUGCAUAGGCUACCUUAGUGGGAAAGAAGAUGCUCCUGGAUUGAAUACAAACCUACUAGCCCUACGCCGGAACCUGACCUUGAAGGGAAUACUCAAUGGCCCUAAGGAUCGCUUCGAAGAGAUGUGCAGGUUUUACGCCAAACGCCAGAUUCAUCCUGCGAUAGACAGGACCUUCAACUUCGACGAGGCAAAAGACGCUCUGCAGUACCUGUACUCCGGUGGGCAUUUUGGGAAGGUUGUCAUCAAGGUGGCUUAAUACCAUCGAUACAGCAAUGAAUCGCUCGAUUACGAUACUCGACAUGCGAACAAGACUUGCGAUCAUUCCGAUAGCAGCGGCUAAUGCAACCCUAGUAUUACUUCCGCUUGCGGGCUUUCUGCUUCUUCAAUUUCGACAUGCCGGAGUCAACUGCAUUCGUGACUCGAUCUUGCACAUUGUGCUUCUCAGCUUCUUCCUGGAUAUCAUCGAUUACAUCGUCCUCGUCGGGGCAUGACGUCCCAAGACAAAGAUCCAAAAGACCAAGCCGACCAUAAUUUCCAAUUCCGUAGCCAUCGCCCACCGAAGUAAAGUGUGCCUCAUUCCGACGAGCCAUCCCG